AUGGUCCCAUACUUCCAAUCUCUUUUGCCAACAACAACAGCUCAAGGAGGAUAUCUCCCUCACUGGCUCUUGUUUAUAUCAGUUGUUUCAAUCUUUAAUUCUGUUCAAACAUAUCUGACUCCAGACUUGUCGUUGACCCGCAGGGUCUACGAGCUGGCACCUAGGGACCAGAUUACCCCAUUGAGUGCUAGAACUUUUGGUACUUGGACAUUCAUUACUUCCAUUGUGAGAUUCUACGGUGCAUACUACUUGGUUGGUAACAAGCAGAUAUACGAAUUAUGUAUGUGGAGUUUUGCAGUUGCUGGUGGCCACUUCAUUAGUGAGUGGUUAUAUUUCGGCAAUUGUAAGUUAGGUAAGGGAUUAGCUGGCCCUUUAAUUGUCAGUUCUCUUAGUUUAACCUGGAUGUACUUACAAAAGGAUUUUUACUUAGCAUAA